GACGAUUUCAUAUUAACUGAACGAAAGGUGCAACUACUGAUGUGAGCCAAAUAUAAAAAGUAAAGCUAAUAUGAACAUAGGUGUAGGCUACAUGCUAAUGACAUAUCCGAUAGAGUAUUGUUACUAAGAAGUAGGAAAUACGUAAGUAGGACAUUUGAACAGGAGUUUGUGGAUUUGUGUGUAUCAUACAAGAGGACACAUAACGUUAUCAAUUCAGUUUUCAAAAGUUACGAAGACUUGUACAGCUAAAAUUAAGAAUGAGACAAUUAUUAUACCAUGUAUGCAAACGCUAGGUACAAUUAGUUGCAGUGAUUAAACUACAAGUACCACCACCCAACGGCAUCGCAUUUCGUGGUUGCCAGGUUCUCUCGGAUUGGAAGGGAAAGGGCAUUUAAAGCACUGCGCCCUCUAUGGGUUCUACAAGUUUUAUCUGGCAACACACGUAGAACUCACUCUCACUGCUGUCGUCACUGAGGUCAGGUAGACGGAGCGAAGAUGGCGACCGCCUACGAGAGAUACAAUUUGCACACAACCCCAGAGAAGUUCUUCAUCGAGGCCUGCGAUGAGGGGGCUGAUGCUGUGCUGGCAAUCGACAGAGUCUCAAAUGAGAUGACCCUCACAGGUAAAAAAGAUGUCCCUCCCUCAGCAGUCACCAGGCCUAUAUGUGGCAUCAUGGGAACCAUUCGCCUGGUAGCAGGGAUGUACCUGAUUGUCAUCACCAGGAAGAGGAAUGUGGGCAGCCUCCUGGGCCACGCCGUGUGGAAGGCUGUGGAUUUUGAUGUGAUCUCUUAUAAGAAGACCGUGCUGCAUCUCUCAGAGAUCCAGUCUCAGGAGAAUAAGACUUUCCUGUCCAUGAUUAACAAUGUGCUGACUACAGACGGCUUCUACUUCUGCACUGACUACGACCUGACACACACACUGCAGCGGCUGGCCAACACCAGCCCCGACUUCCAAGAGAUGAGUCUGCUGGAGAGGGCAGAUCAGAGGUUUGUGUGGAAUGGGAACCUGUUGAGAGAACUGGCAGCGCAGCCCGAGCUUCAUAAGUUUGCACUUCCUGUUGUCCAUGGAUUCAUCGUCAUGAAGCCAUGUCGUAUAAAUGGGAAGAUCUUUGAGUGGAUCCUCAUCUCCAGGAGAAGCUGCUUCCGGGCAGGAGUCAGAUACUACGUUAGAGGCAUCGACUCUGAAGGCCAUGCUGCUAACUUUGUGGAGACUGAGCAGAUAGUUUUGUAUGAGGGAGCGAAGGCUUCAUUUAUACAGACCCGGGGCUCCAUGCCCUUUUACUGGAGUCAGAGGCCCAACCUCAAAUACAAACCUAAACCUAUAAUCAGCAAAACCACCAAUCACAUGGACGGUUUCCAGAGGCAUUUCGACUCUCAGCUCCUCAUCUAUGGGAAGCAAACCAUUCUGAACCUGGUAAAUCAGAAGGGCUCCGAGAAGCCACUAGAACAGGCCUUUGACAAGAUGGUGUCUGGCAUGAACAACGGUAUGCUCAAUUACAUAGCCUUCGACUUCCACAAAGAGUGCAGCCACAUGAGAUGGGAGCGUCUCCAGAUCUUAGUGGAUGAUGUCGCUGAGACUCAAGAUGAAUACUGUUACUUCAUGGUGAACUCUGAGGGGAAGACGGUGGCCCAGCAGAGAGGAGUGUUCCGCAGUAACUGCAUGGACUGCCUGGACAGGACCAACGUCAUCCAGAGCCUGCUGGCCCGGCGCUCCCUGCAGUCUCAGCUUCAGAGGAUGGGCGUUCUGAAUGUGGGUCAGCGGAUUGAGGAGCAGGCUGAUUUUGAAAAGAUCUACAAGAACGCAUGGGCUGACAAUGCCAAUGCAUGCGCUGUACAGUACGCAGGAACUGGAGCCUUGAAAACAGACUUCACAAGGACGGGGAAGAGAACCAGGUGGGGGCUGCUGAUGGAUGGCUGGAACUCCAUGAUCCGCUACUACAAGAACAACUUCUCUGACGGCUUCAGACAGGAUUCCAUUGACCUGUUUCUGGGUAACUUUGCUGUCGAUGAGUCUGAUGGACCCACUCCUCUUCGUGUGCAGAAGGACUGGAAGUUCCUCACUCUGCCCAUCAUUAUGCUGGUGGCCUUUUCCAUGUGCAUCGUCUGUCUUCUCAUGGCUGGUGACACAUGGACAGAGACCCUGGCUUACGUGAUGUUCUGGGGGGCUGCUAGUGCGAUUACAGCCACUAUCAUCCUGUUCAACGGCCAAGACUUUGUGGACGCCCCUAAACUGGUUCACAAGGAGAAGCUGGACUGAGUGUGGGUGUGUUUGUGUCUGGACCCAGCAGGUUCAUAUACCUCGUCAUCUUCACAGUCUUCUUCCCCAGGUCUGGACUCUGAUCUGCGGCCUCCUUACUGCCCUCCAGACUCUCUCGUCUAAAACCGGUUUCCUGCCAUUUGUCUACAACACAUUUCACUUUCUUCUUCACUCAUUCACAUUCAGUUGCUACAUUCCUCAUACUGUGUCUUUUCAGUUGGCUCUGUUGCUGUGAGGUUGUCUGUUAGAAAGUCUAGAAUUAAGUUGACUGUUCCAGUGUUCUUUAGUUUCCACCCAAGCUAAUUCAUUUCUAACACUACUGCAGUUUCUUAUUCGUUUACUAUUCUUAAAAUGUAAAAUCUUUAAAAAAAAAUGUUAGAACAAGCAUUUUUCUAUUGUGCUGGCUGAUUAGAUCUACAGUCAGGUUGAGGUUUGUGGAGAUAUGCUGGAUAUUAUCAACUCUUCAUACUAAUUUAAAUGAUUAUGGUUGUCUGAUGUCCCGCCCCACCAUGUACAACCACAGCAACACCAAGUGCAGUCUGUACAUGUACAUGGUCUUGUGAAGAGGUUUAGUCACCACUGGUUGGCAGCGCAACACGCUGAAAACACCCCAUAGAGUGGAUAUGUUAUACAUGUUAACAGUCACUGACUUAGUUCAUUUGGUGUUGGUUAAAGUGGUUAUCAGAGAGUUUGAUAAGAGCAUAGUUUUGGACCGUAAAACCAAAACAAAGGACCCCUUUUACGUCACACUCAUUUGAUCCAUUAUUGUUUUAUAGAAAUAUUGAUUAGUGCAGCUUUAAAGAUACUAGAAACGUAAGUAAAAUUAUCCCACACACAUGAUUUAUUAAUGGCACUUAAACAUGCCAUGUAUGGAAACGUACAUGAUGCAUCUAACAGGUAAAUGGAGCACUCUAUACAGUAUGCACUGGUUGAGGAUUGAAUGUAACAAGCCUUACAAACUUUCAUAUGAAAUAUAAAUAUUUGGCUAAUCUGUAUGUAACCGGCGUGAACAACAUGUCUUAGCAGGCUGACUUGGGAGAGUGUCUAAGAAGAUUUUGCACUUUGGAGAACCAUGAAAUGUGCUGCCUGCAGACAUCUGUCAGUGAUUCAUCAACUCUCUGUGGUUGUUAGUUUUUCUAUCGAGGUUCCAGACCGCUGCAUCUCAGUCCACAUUUACAAUUUGUUCAAAUAUGUCUGGUGUUGUGCUCAUUUCAGUGUUUUUGUUGCAAACCUGUGGAAGAAACAAUUGACCAACUUGGAGCUUUGUAGUCAGGAUUAGGAAGGAGGAGUUGGCUACAUCCAUGAAAAUAGCCUGAACAAUUGUGUGACCGCUGGAUGAGCUGGACACAGCAGCACAGGUUGUUGUAAGUCACUUUACACAUGACAACAUUUUUCUUUUUUGGUCCUGAUAUCUGGAAAUCUCCAGUGACGAUAACUCAUUUUAAUUUUCUCAGAGAUACCAAAUUACUGUUUGUGUGCUAAUAUUUAAAUGUUCAUUAUUUUAAGACCAUCAUCCUUUGGUUAAUGGUUUAAUAGUAAUGUCAUUAGCCUGAGAACAACUAUAAUAAAUGGUUCACUUAUUGAGGUUUUUUAAAACAUCUUAGGACGAUGUUUAUUUGUGGUCUAGUCUCUUCUUUUCAAUGAGUAGCAAGUGAUUCGUCCAUCUUGUCUGUCAUUUUCAAGCCACAAGGAAGUCGGCUAAACGUUUCACGGGAAUCAGAGAAAUUUGUCAAUUUAAGAGUUUCCAUUUUCUGCAAAUGAACUUCUAGCAACAGCUGCAUACACUCCACCCACCGCUUGUUGCAACAACAUAAAAAUAGCGGAGUCGAUGGGCACAACACCAGACUUCUUUAAAUUUGUUGUUCUAUCAAGAGAUGUCAGAUGUAGUGUUGUAUCCAUCGAGACUUCAAUGUUUCAUUAUGUCGAGUUAACGCUAAUUAAAUUGGAAUCUCAGACCUAAAAGCUUGAGUCCAGACCCAGCCUUUCAUCGUUCAUCUCAUAUUUAAAGAUACGAUUUGGCUGUGAAACCUUCCUCUGAUGUUGAUUUAAGAUUUACUCCCUUUACCAGCCAAAUGCUGGUAAAAUAUGCAAGUGUCUCGUAGAUUUGCAUCACUCACCAGCCAAAAAACACGAGUUAUCUAUCAAGUGGCUGGUAAGAUUUGAACAUUCAUGAGUCAUUUGGCCGGUGGACAUCGAAGUACAUUUUGCACCUGGAUGUACUAUAGUUUUAGGGAAUUGAUCACCAUGCCUUUUGUGUUCUGUGUAUGAUGUCACAUGCAAGCUGUUAGGUGUCAGUUUUGGAUUAUGUGUUUAAGAUCAUUACUCCAAACAUUAUGUAUCUGAUCAUACCAACAAGUAGUACAAGCUAUUGAGUGAUGGAUGUUCAAACUAUUGAAAUUUAGUAAAAUGUUUAACUUCCUGUACUUCUGAUCACGCUAGCUUUUGGAAGAGGUCGUCUUAUCUUGAUCUGAACUAUGUAACUUGUUGUGACAGUAGAGGUCAAGGUGCACUUACUUUCUUUUGUCAAUCUACUUCUUACAAGCUCACAAGAAUGAACAUUCACCUUCAUAUGUAAUGUGUGCAGUGUAGGUGAAAUCUGUCUCAUUGACAUAUCCUUGUAAUACCUGUACUGUUUUUGAGAUUUGUAUUUACAGAUGCGACAGUAUAAUUUGUGAGUGGAAGUGCUAGUUUUAUCUGGACAAGCAGCACCGCAGAUAUACUGUAUCAUGAAGAAACUAGUAAAAGAUCAAAGUGCUGCAGGUUUGAAGUCUGAAGGUUCCACAUUAUAUUGAUUUGUUUUUGGAUGUGGUCAUUAUAUCUCUACUACGGCUUUUGUAUAUGUUUUGCUUGGAAACCUAUUGAGGCCAAUGACAUGUUACUGUGACACAAACGCCUACUCAACAAAGGUGUUUUUAUGACGUGUGUUAUAACAUGACUAGCAAACUUUACUCUACCGCAACAUGUAUUCCUUUGGAACCAGGGGACACUUGUCAUUUUCUUUAUUCAAUAAAUAUUCAAGCUUAUAAACUGAAA